AUGCAGUUCCUCGUCCUCGCUUUUGCCGCCCUGGCAGCCGCUGGCCCAGCCAUCAAGCUGCGUGCCCCGAUCAGCCUUUGCGCAGCUCUCGACACCCCACUCUGCUGCCAGCUUGAUGUCGACGGUGUCCUCGACACCACCUGCGAGUCUCCAUCGGGCGACCCAAGCACCAAGUCUGACUUCGAGGCUGACUGUGCAUCUACUGGAAAGACUGCUGAGUGCUGCACUCUGCCUUUGGAUGGUGAUGCUCUCCUCUGCACUGCGCCAUAA